AUGCCUUCAGUCGACUUGAACGAGGUGGCAGUUGCACUGCGCACUGCCCGGGCAGAGAAAAAGCCCAUCGAUACCCCGACCAAGACAUGGCCUAGCCUAGAUCCCGAAGACGGCUUCAAGAUCCAACAAAUCAAUUCCAACCAUGCUAUCAGUACCGGCGACCGGUUAGUCGGGUACAAACUGGGCAACAUCGCCAAGGUGAUGCAAACGGCGUUUGGCAUCGACCACCCGGACUAUGGAUUCCUGCACUCCAGCCUCUUCCUCUACGAAGGCACCUCGAUUGCUCUAGACAAGUUCAUCAAGCCCUACGUGGAGCUGGAGCCGGCGUUUGUCCUCAAGAAAGCGCUCAAGGGUCCCAACGUCACCGUGGCCGACGUCAUCAGCGCCAUCGACUAUGCCAUUCCGGCCAUUGAGAUCAUCGACUCGCGCGUCAAGGACUGGGCCAUUGACCUGCCCGACACCCUGGCCGACAAUGGCUCCACAGGCGCAGUCAUCCUCGGCGGGACGCCUCGCCACAUCACUGAUCUCAACCUGAGCAACAUGCGUGGCUUCCUGAAAUUCAAUGGCCAGGAGGUCAUGGCGGGCAACACAAAGAAUAUCCUGGGCAACCCGUUGGCUGCUGUUGCUUGGCUGGUGAACCGCCUAUCGGCGUAUGAUAUCGAGUUUCAGCCGGGCCAGCUUAUCAUGCCGGGGAGCUGCUUGGAGGCGGUUCUAAUGGACAAGCCGGGCCAUUGGUCAUGUACUUAUGAAGGAUGGGGGACCAUUGAAUUUGAGAUUGUAUAA